UGUAGGUACUUUCCGUAUGUAUAAAUGCUUCUAGAGGCAUGUACGUACUAUAAAAAAUGUACGUCAUAGGCUCUGAAGUUACCUAAAAAGGUGCUAUGUGGACUUGGCUUAGUGCAGAGCUCCCACAAACAGAAGGCGGUGAGUACCUGCUUCGAGGCUCUCGUAGCUUCCAUCAGCUUCAUCUAUGUACAAGAUCUUUUUUAACAACAAAUAAAAUAAAUCCAACAAAUACACCUUCUUAGCAAACUCUCCAUAGGAAAAUACAUACCAACUCUACUUGAUCCAGUAAAAUUAAGAGUCAACUGACAACCAAUCCUUCUUUAAGAUCAUACAUACAACCAACAAUGGCUCAGAAGUGUGUCCACAAAGGUUGUGGCAAGGUUUACACCGAUCCGGAUGAGACCUGUGUUUACCAUCCGGGUCCCCCAAUCUUUCACGAGGGUCAGAAAGGCUGGAAGUGUUGCAAACCAAGAGUCCUAACCUUUGACGAAUUCCUCGAGAUCCCGCCUUGCACAGAAGGAAAGCAUAGCACAACUGAUCUUCCCCCGGAGAUCGAGAAGAAGACUCCCGAGAAUACCGACGCGAAUUCGUCCUUAGCUUCAAAACUCACCGAGGCUGUAUCAGCAGUACCUACGCGUGCCCCUCUCAAUCCUCAGCCUGCUCCUACUGCGCCCCCGCCGCCUCCCGAGUCCGAAGAUGACGAACCAUCUCUCGAGAUCCCCGAUGGCAAGGUAUGCCGCCGGAAAGGCUGCAAUGCAGCUUACAAGAAGAGUCAAGGCAGAUCUGAUGAUGAGAAAUGUGUCCACCAUCCCGGCGCCCCCAUAUUCCACGAAGGCAGUAAGGGCUACAGCUGUUGCAAGAGACGGGUGCUGGAGUUCGAUCAGUUCAUGAAGAUUGAGGGAUGUAAAACCUCGCCCAGACACUUAUUCAUCGGUUCUGGACAACAGAAGAACAAGUCCGGCGCGGCCAAUUCUUCCGUGACCGCGAAUGGCGAGGAGCUGCUUGAGACGGUGCGGCAUGACUUCUACCAGACACCUUCGACCGUGAUAGCAUCUUUCUUCCUCAAGAAGAUUGACAAGGAUAAAGCGUCGGUAAAUUUCGAGUCCCAAACAAUUGUACUUGACCUACCAACAAGUGACGCGCAACCUAAGCGCUAUAAGACCAGCGUUCCAUUGUUCGCGCGCAUCGACCCGGAAAAGUCGACGCACAAGAUUCUCGGUACGAAGCUCGAGGUUAGCUUGUGCAAGGCGGAUGGCGCGAGCUGGCCGGUCCUGCGGAGCGACGAGCGGCUGACCGGCGAGAUCUUGCAGGUUGGACGGGCGGGACGAGUGUAGCCUGUCAUCUUACCAUCAUGCCGUCCUAACAGAGUACCUAACAGAGUACUUCGCUACCUGGAAUUCUGGUUAUCUUGAUGAUAAGCAUCUAUGACCAUCAGCAUAGUAAUGAGCAAUUUUUGAGGAAAAAAAGUCUACUCGAUCGGCACAUUUGCAAGUGUUGGGUCAGGCUAAUCCCUGCGCAGAUCAUAGUCCCUCUGGCCUCCCACCCUCCCUUGUCGACCCGGGAACCCGGUAUUCCCAAUCCCAUAGUAGACGGCUCACCUGUUCCACUUUCUCAAUAUGACGCGUAAACACUAAGCGAAGCUUUCGGCUCGAGACUUCUCGGAAAGUUUCUUCAGACUGAAAGUUCGUCGCUGCAUAAAGCAGGCCACUAGGUUGGGUUAAAGAAGUAUUUACUCUCGUCUUCGUUUAUUGGAAGGCUAUGAAGAUCCGGGCUAAAAGUCUUUCACAUGUGGUCUUGGCAAGCCACGUAUGAGUAAAAAAGGGACCGCACGGUAUUACUUAAGCCAUAGUGGCUGAUAUUGCUAUAGAUAUAGUGGUAAGCCACCUAAAUUUAGCGUACGGGCCACUAUCCGACUCUUGGUUUACUAAGUAUUUAGUUAGCUAAUACAGUAUUAAUAGAAUAGGAUGACGUUGGAA